AGGCAGAGAGUCCGCAGCUGCUGCACCACACAGCCUCUUUGACAGCCGCAAGAGGAAGGAGCCACCCGCACCGAGUCAUGUCUACGGAGCUGUCUGAAGGCCAGGGUCUGGACGGGUUAGGAGAGCAGGCAACAAACGGGCAGACCAGACUGUCUGACAUCUGCAGUGGCACGACGGGUGGCAGCAUGGCGUCCAUAACAGAAUACUACGCUGGCAAGAACGUACUGAUCACAGGAGCCACGGGCUUCAUGGGGAAAGUGUUGGUGGAGAAGCUGCUGAGGUCCUGCCCCGAGGUGAAAGCCCUUUACCUCCUGGUCAGACCCAAAGCCGGGCAAUCCAUGCAGCAGAGGGUCAGCGACAUGAUGAAGUGCAAGCUUUUCGACCGAGUGCGGGAGGACAACCCCGACUUCCACCAGAAAAUCAUCCCCAUCAGCAGUGAGCUGAUUCAGCCGGGCCUGGCCAUCAGCCCGGAAGACGUGGAGAGACUCACAGCCUGCAUCAACAUCGUCUUCCACUGCGCCGCCACCAUACGCUUCGACGAGCCGCUCAAACACGCCCUGCAGCUGAAUGUGAUUGCCACACAGCAGCUCCUCAGCCUGGCCCAGCAGAUGCACCACCUCGAGGCCUUCAUUCACAUCUCCACCGCCUAUGCAAACUGCAACCGCAGGCACAUCGACGAGGUCAUCUAUCCGCCGCCCGUCGAGCCCAAGAAACUCAUCGAAUCUCUGGAGUGGAUGGAUGACGGCAUCGUGCGUGACAUUACACCACGGCUUAUCGGCACCAGGCCCAACACAUACACCUACACCAAAGCCCUGGCUGAGUACGUGGUGCAGCAGGAGCAAGACAAGCUCAACAUUGGCAUCAUCAGACCCUCCAUAGUGGGAGCCAGCUGGCAGGAGCCUUUCCCUGGUUGGAUCGACAACUUCAACGGGCCAAGCGGAGUCUUCAUAGCUGCUGGCAAAGGGAUCUUGCGCACUAUGAGAGCCAACAAUGAUGCGGUGGCUGACCUGAUCCCUGUGGACGUGGUCAUCAACCUCACCCUGGCUGCUGGCUGGUACACUGCUGUACACAGACCUAAAAACGCUCUGGUCUACAACUGCACGACCGGCGGCAUCAACCCGUUCCACUGGGGAGAGAUCGAGCAUCAUGUGAUGUCCUCCUUCAAGAGGAACCCCUUGGAGCAGGCCUUCCGCAGGCCCAACGCUAACAUCACCUCCAACUACCUGAUCAACCAGUACUGGAUCCUGGUCAGCCACAAGUUCCCUGCCCUCAUCUACGACCUCUUCCUGCGUCUCUCUGGACAGAAGCCGCAGAUGAUGCGUAUCUUUAAUCGCCUGCACAAGGCCAUCGGCCUGCUGGAGUAUUUCAGCAGCCAGGACUGGGAGUGGAACUCUGAGAAUAUGACCAUGCUGAUGAGCCAGCUGACCCCUGAGGACAAGAAGACAUUUAACUUCGAUGUGCGCCAGCUGAACUGGCCAGAAUACAUUGAGAAUUAUUGCAUCGGCACCAAGAAGUACGUCCUGAAUGAAGACAUGUCUGACAUUCCUGCUGCCAGGCAGCAUCUGAGGAAACUGAGGAACAUUCGCUACACCUUUAACACACUCUUGGUUGUUUUCAUUUGGAGAGUGUUCAUCGCUCGCUCUCAGAUGGCCAGAAACAUCUGGUACUUUGUGGUCAGCCUUUGUUUCAAGUUCCUCUCCUACUUCCGCGCAUCCAGCACCAUAACCAACUGAGUCUUGCUCACCGCUUCAAGCCAGAGGCAGCAGCCCCUCAUCCUCUGCUGUCACCAGAAAGUAACAUCUGAGACUCCAACCAUCAAUGAAGGACACCCCAAAUCCUCCUUUUAGUGUGGACAAGCAGGCUGGGGCUGAGCUUGAGUGAAGCACUCUGAACGAAAAAAAAGAGGUCUACUAGCCAUGAAUUAUUUGUUUAGUUUGGAAAUCUUGCAUCAGUACCUGCACUGUUCAGUCACCAUACCCCGUCCAAAAACAAAAAGUGUUGUCAUUCAUUUUUGUACCCACUGUUUUCUUCUCAAAGUGGCCAAUUAUAUAUGCAAGAAUAACCCUUUUGUGUGACUUUCAUUUUCUUUUCCACAUCAUCGUUUCCAUCCUCUCAAAUCUAGGUACAUUGCCUUGCCUUGUGAUUAUUUCUUUUCAUACUUGAAAUAUGACAGUGCUUCAGUGGAGGACAAUUUCUAUAAGAUUAUUUUGGUUCUCUGUUUUUUACUGUGGGGAUAUCCAAGUCCUCUCUUUAAUACGCAGGUGAUUUGGAUAUCUGUAUGUCUUGCAUUACGUGUAUCUACUGCCUUUUUAAGACUACACACAAAAUCUAACUGGUGGUUAUUUGUCUCAAGGUCAAUCCACAGAUUAUUGAGACCACACUUGACUAGUAUUAUAGCGAAAUUCUGACCACACAAGAUACUACAGAUACUGAAACAUAUGUGUAUGCCAUCUUUCCUGUUGUCAAGGUUGUUACUUAUUUAAUAUCACAAAUGAUAACGUCAGUAUGUUUCUGAACAAACCUUGUUUGUUUGAAUGCUCAUCCACUUUUUGCCUGUUUGUACAGCAGUUUGUACUGAAACUAAGUUUACUACUUUUACAUCUUUAUACUUCGUCAAAGGCUAGUCUGAUAUAUGUGGUAGGCAGUGUAUUAUAUAUAAAUAAGAGUACAUCAGAGUCAAGUUUAUUUGUAUAGCCCAGUAUCACAUACUGUCUCCCAAUGGAUACCCAACCAAGUUUUCUAAAAAGAUACCCACCCCAAA